AUGUCUAUUCCCAAUAGUUCGUCCGAUGUCGUCCUUCUCCUCUCCCUCCUUCUGCUUUCGGGCAUCGUAUCUUCCGCGGGCAAUCGGCGGUCCCUCCUCCGGUCGCUCGGAGAUGGCCCCGAUCUCCCCGACGCCGCCGUGGACCUCAACAGCUCCAACUUCAUUCGCGUCUUGAAGGAGUCUCCGGCGGCCUUUGCCGUCGUCGAGUUCUUUGCUAACUGGUGUCCUGCUUGUAGAAAUUAUAAGCCACACUACGAGAAGGUUGCAAGGCUUUUCAAUGGGCCAGAUGCACCACAUCCUGGGAUUGUUAUCAUGACAAGGGUUGACUGUGCAAUGAAGAUGAAUAAGAAUCUGUGUGGUAGCUUUUCAGUCAGGCAUUAUCCCAUGCUAUUAUGGGGUCCACCACCUAAAUUUGCAUCUGGUCAAUGGGAUCCUAAGAAAGAGAAAAGCGAGAUACAAUUAAUUGAUGAUGAAAGGACGGCAGAUCAUUUGCUUAAUUGGAUAAAUAAACGAAUUGGCAGUACAUUCAAUUUAGAUGAUAAAAAAUAUGACAACGAAAAUACAUUUCCAAGGAAUGCCUCAGAUCCUGAACAGAUUGCUCGAGCUAUUUAUGAUGUUGAGGAAGCAACAGCUGGUGCAUUUGACAUAAUAUUGGAACACAAGAUGAUCAAGUCAGAGACUCAAGCCCCACUUAUAAAGUUCUUCCAGCUUUUGGUCACCCAUCAUCCUUCUAAAAGGUGUCGAAGGGGAAGUGCUGAGAUACUUGUAAACUUCGAUGAUAUGUGGCCUUCAAAUCUUUUUCCAGUCAGUUCUCAAGAGAUCACCACAUUGCAGGAAAGGAACAGACUCAAGAGUUACUUGAUCUGUGGCAAGGAAGUCCCUCGCGGAUAUUGGAUUUUUUGUCGUGGCAGCCAAAAUGAUACGAGAGGCUUUAGCUGUGGCCUCUGGGUUCUAUUACAUUCUCUAUCUGUAAGAGUCGUUGAUGGAGAAAGCCAUUUGGCUUUCACAGCUAUCUGUGAUUUCAUCCAUAAUUUCUUCAUCUGUGAGGAAUGUCGUGGACAUUUUUAUGAGAUGUGCUCGAGUGUUUCAGUCCCAUUUAAGACAACUCACGACCUAAGCCUUUGGCUAUGGAACACACAUAACAAAGUCAACGAGAGGCUAAUGAAAGAAGAAAAAGCGUUUGGAACUGGUGACCCAAUGUUCCCCAAGAUUAUUUGGCCGCCAAAGCAGCUCUGCCCAUCAUGCUAUCUUUCUUCUAGCAGGAAAAGAACUGGCACGAGUCAAGUAGAUUGGAAUGAGGAUGAGGUGUUCAAGUUUUUGGUUCAAUAUUAUGGCAAAACUCUUGUGUCAUCUUACAAGGAUGCAAGCCUCCGCAGCAACAGGAAUGAUGAACCAGGGGCAGAUGAUUCCACCACCUCAACAAAUGCAGUUGCUGUACCGCUUGGAGCUGCCCUAGCCAUUAGUUUUGCCAGCUGUGCAUUUGGGGUGCUAGCUUGCUUUUGGCGGACACAGCAGAAAAAUCGGAAGCAAAGAAAGAAUCGGGGCUGAGAUGAUUCCAGUGUUAAUCAGGCACUAAUGCUAUUAACUGAGCUGCAUGGCAUCAUGGAUGUCUCUCAGGGACCACCCCCUCGUGCUCUCUUUUAAUAUUUGUCAAAUUAUUCCUGAAGGCCAUGAAAUGUAUGUUAUCUCAUAGUUGCAAUUUUGAAAAGGAGUGCAUCAAAAAGCACAUAUACAUUGCAAAAACAAAGAGGUGGUGCAGAUUAGCAAUUUAGAAACUUUCUUUUCUUUUUCUCCAAAUACUUUUGUGUCCAUGUCAAGAUAUUUUAAUUGCUAUCAGGCUGUGAACAGGUUAGGAAUCCUGACUGCUGAACCCAACUGAGGAUGGGAUCUGAACAGCUCAUGUUUCUGUUCAGUCCAUUGUUGGGUUUUGUUGGUAACCUUUACAUUGAAUGAUUCAGUAUGGGGUUUUGAUAUGGUCAUCA